AUGGCACGAAUGGAAAAUAAGAUAAUUUCGCUUGAAAAAAUUGACACACCAAAUAAUGAAGAAGCUAAUAUUAAUAGUGGCCAAGGGAGUUGCACAUUGUCAUCAAUUAGUUUUCCUGAGGGGGUCUCAAGUUGUAAAUUGUUUACAUUAUCACCAUCAAUUUGCUUGGUUGCUCAUGGAAAAUUACAUAAUUUUAAGAUUGAUACACUACAUGGUAGACCUUUACCUAAGGGUCAUGUCAAAGUUAGUAUAGAUAUUGCUUUGGAGCCAAAUGUGUCCUUGCCUAUACCAAUUGAUGAUGAUGACAUGAUGACAAUCGGACAAGCAAUAGGUACAUUUGUGGCAUGGCCAAUGAAUUUCAUACAGAUUAGUGAUGAGGAUUCUACUCAACUUAAAAAGAAAAGGAUGAACAAUACAAAUGAAUGUGUCGUACCUAAAAAGAAAUGUCAAGGGAAAAUGGUCAUUCAACAUACUCCUCAUAAAUUGUUUCAUCCUACUCCUUCUGAAUGGUGCAAUUGUCUCUCCUCGUACAUCAAACUAAAGCCAUCAGAGUCAUUUCGUCCAAUAGAAAUGGACAAAAACAUAUUUGGAUUAGAUAAGCAUACAGAAAUUGUUAAUGCAGAAAUUAUUGAAGAAGUUACCAACUAUGCAUGGCUAGGUGCAACUACGAUUUCUAUAUAUAUCGGGUAA